AUGUCAGCCUACCAGCGCAUGGUCACCCCCACCAAGGCGUCCGCCUUCACGCCUCCUGCUGUGCGCCCUGGCCUGCACUCCCACACAUCCCCGCACGCCCAUGCACAUGCUCGCACACCCUCUCACUCGCUCGCUCACUCGCACUCCUUCCCUCCCUUUCGCCCCCACCACUCGCCUGUGCCUGCCCAUGCUACUGCUGCUGCUGCUGGGGGUGCCAUGGGCGGUGGAAUGGGCGGGGCAUGGGAUGGGAGGGGUGGGGGGCACGCGGGUGGGCAUGUGGUGGCGGGAGGGAGUCCCGAGGGCAGCAACAACAUGCGCAUGCACCCUCCUGCCGCCUUGAGGUACGCGCUGGCUGAGCUGGGAGGGUGUGAGGUCGCCCCCCCCGCACCCCCCCAUGGUGGGCCUCUCCCCCUCCCGCGCGCCCACCACACCCGCCCUGCCCUCCCCCUCGGCGCGCUCGCCCCUCUCCUCGUGGGCGGCGCGGCGCACGUGCAUGCUCAUGGCGGCGCUGGCGUGGGGCGUUCAGCACGAGUACACCGCGAGCAGUGA